UUACCGGGGUUUCUGUGGAGCUGUGGCGGUGCCGGCUUCGAGCAUCCCUGCCCUGGCAGGCUGGUGGACUGCGAGGCUGCAGCUCCGGCGGCCAGCUCCGGAGAGGACAUGUCCAGCGAUGAUGAUGCUGCCCCCACAGCUGCAGAGGCAGCGGGUGACACCCACCUGCUGGGCUUCUCAGAUGAGAUUCUCCUGCAUAUCCUGAGCCAUGUCCCCAGUACAGACCUGGUUCUCAAUGUGCGGCAUACCUGCCGGAAGCUCUCGGCCCUGUGCCUGGACAAGAGCCUGGUGCAUACUGUGCUGCUACAGAAGGACUACCAGGCCAGUGAGGAUAAGGUGAGGCAGCUGGUGAAGGAGAUUGGCCGGGAGAUCCAGCACCUGAACAUGGCAGGCUGCUAUUGGUUGUCUGGCUCUACCAUUGAGCAUGUGGCCCGAUGUCACAGCCUGGUGAAGGUGAACCUGUCUGGCUGCCACCUCACCUCCCUUCGGCUGUCCAAGGUGCUUUCAGCCCUGCAGCACCUGCGCUCGCUGGCCAUCGAUGUGAGCCCUGGCUUCGAUGCCAGCCAGCUGAGCAGCGAGUGCAAGGCCACGCUGAGCCGCGUACGGGAGCUCAAGCAGACACUUUUCACACCAUCCUAUGGUGUGGUGCCCUGCUGUGCCAGCCUGCAGAAGCUGCUGCUCUACUUUGAGAUCCUGGACCGCACACGUGAGGGUGCUGUCCUCUCAGGCCAGCUCAUGGUGGGCCAGAGCAACGUGCCCCAUUACCAGAACCUGCGUGUCUUCUAUGCACGCCUGGCUCCGGGCUACAUCAACCAGGAGGUGGUGCGGCUCUACCUCGCUGUGCUUAGUGACCGUACUCCCGAGAACCUGCAUGCCUUUCUCAUCUCCGUCCCUGGCAGCUUCGCAGAGAGUGGGGCCACCAAGAACCUGCUGGACUCCAUGGCCCGCAACGUGGCCCUGGAUGCCCUGCAACUGCCCAAGUCAUGGCUGAAUGGCUCCACCCUCCUCCAGCAUAUGAAAUUCAACAAUCCCUUCUACUUCAGCUUUAGCCGGUGUACACUGUCAGGCGGUCACCUGAUCCAGCGGGUCAUCAAUGGGGGGAAGGACCUGAGCAGCCUGGCCAGCCUCAACCUCAGUGGCUGUGUGCAUUGCCUGUCUGCGGACUCAUUGCUCCGUAAGGCAGAGGAUGACAUUGACAGCAGCAUCCUGGAGACGCUGGUGGAGUCCUGCUGUAACCUGCACCACCUCAAUCUCUCAGCUGCCCACCACCACAGCUCCGACGGCCUGGGCCGCCACCUCUGCCAGCUCCUGGCCCGGCUCUGCCACCUGCGUUCCCUUUCCCUGCCUGUCUGCUCUGUGGCUGAUUCAGCACCCAGGCCUGACCGUGCGCCUGCCCCGCCAGCUAUGCAUGCGGUGCCCCGUGGCUUUGGCAAGAAGGUGCGCAUUGGGGUGCAGACCUGUCCCAACCCUUUCCUGGGCCAGUCAGCCCCCCAGCCUGCCUCUGUGUUCUGGUCUCUGCUGAAGAAGCUCCCUUUUCUGGAGCAUCUGGAACUGAUUGGGUCCAAUUUCUCCUCAGCCAUGCCCCGCAAUGAGCCUGCCAUCCGCAACUCCCUCCCGCCCUGCAGCCGGGCACAGAAUGUGGGGGACUCAGAGGUGGCUGCCAUCGGCCAGCUGGCCUUCCUGCGGCACCUGACACUAGCCCAACUGCCAGGCAUGCUGACAGGCUCUGGACUAGUGAGCAUUGGCCUACAGUGCCAGCAGCUGCAGUCUCUGUCGCUGGCCAACCUGGGCAUGAUGGGGAAGGUGGUGUACAUGCCUGCUCUUGCCGACAUGCUGAAGCACUGCAAGCGGCUAAAGGACCUGAGGCUGGAGCAGCCCUAUUUCAAUGCCAAUGCACAGUUCUUCCAGGCACUGGGCCAGUGUUCAUCUCUGCAGCGCCUGUGCCUGGUGUCUCGAAGUGGCACACUGCAGCCGGAUGCCGUGCUGGCCUUUAUGGCCCGUUGCCUGCAUGUUGUCGUGUGUCACAUGUUCACUGGAGAAUCCCUCAUCACCUGCAAGAGCCUGCAGCAGUCGCUCCUCCGGAGUUUCCAGGCUGAGAGGCCCGCAUUGAACGUCGUCAUCUUCCCCCUGCUCCACGAGGGCCUGACAGAUGUCAUCCGAGAUGUCCCCAUGGUGCACCUGGACGAGAUCACCUUGUUUAAAAGCAGAGUGGCUGAGGAGCCACCGAACCUGUGGUGGUGAGAGGGUUGCCUGGCCCCAGCCCCGCCACUCUUGUUAGCAGAGACUCUUUCUGUCUGAGUCUCCACAAGGGUCCAAGAAGCCAGCGGACAGUAGGUCCUUGUUUUGUGAUGGGAAGAAAGAGUUUCCAGUUGUUCUGAGACAUUUACCCCAGUCCCCUUGGGUUUCCUCUCACUUGCUCUCAGGAGUACUUGGCUCAGUGACAAGUGAUCAGGUAGGCCAUGGAUGUGAGAGCCUUCAGGGCCUGGCCACAGUCCCAGGGGCUUUGUGGGCUGCAGGCCCCAAUCCACCUGCUUACUUCAACAUGAGGACUGUCCCUCUGUCCCUUUGUCCAUGGUCAUCUACAGUUGAGUUCAGUAAUGUGACUGUAUCCACAUGGGGUCAGGGUGGGCUGGGUUCUCACUGUGAAAUACCCACAAUGACAUCUCUGAGCCUGUGGCUCCUUUUCCUACUGAGACACAUUUAGGGCAUGGCCCAAUGGCAGAACACUCGCCUGUUGUGUGUGAGGCCCUGGGUUCCAUCCCCACCACAAAGAAAAAGAAAAUGUUUAACCAAA